GGAACGUUCAAGCAGGGUUCCCCAAAAGCUUUUCCCCACCAAAAAUGAAACGUUAUCCAAUCCACCCCUGUUUCUAAGAUAAUCUAUCCAAAUUCCCAAAACCCAGAAUCCAGAUUCUGCAGAAGAAUGCCACUGCAAACAAGUGCACUGGCUCUGGGUUCAGCCUCCUCUAAGCUCUUUACUACCGGCGAUACCAUUGCCUUCUGCAACAAUGGCAGUAAGUCUUGUCUGUUGAAUCACAUCAACUUCUCAAGGCAUUCCCACAAGUCUCACUGCAAGAGAAGAUGUUCGGUUUACGCGUCGAGCAGAGUCUCCGACACCCAACAUUCCGGACUGGUUCAGGACUCGGCUGCCUCUGCAGAGGCCCUCCAAGACGCUCGGAGAUCUGCUGAUUGGAAGGUAGCAAAGGCUUAUAGCGACAGUGGAUUGAUCUAUGAGGGCAUGGUUGAAGGAUAUAAUGGUGGAGGUUUGCUGAUUAAGUUUCAUUCCCUAGUGGGGUUUCUUCCAUUUCCACAGUUAAGCCCAUCACAUUUUUGCAAAGAACGGGGAAAAGGCCUCCAAGAGAUUGCAAAAGGUUUACCUGGUACACUUAUAUCCGUGAAGGUGAUCCAAGCAGACGAAGAGAACAAGAAACUAAUUUUCUCAGAAAAGGAAGCUGUCUGGUCAAAGUUUUCUGAGCAAAUUAGUGUUGGGGAUGUUUUUGAAGCUAGGGUGGGUUCUAUGGAGGAUUAUGGUGCAUUUGUUCACCUGCGAUUUCCUGAUGGUCUUUAUCAUCUGACUGGACUAGUACAUGUCUCAGAGGUUUCAUGGGAUUUAGUUCAGGAUAUAAGAGACAUUUUAACUGAGGGUGACGACGUAAGGGUCAAGAUUAUUAAUAUCGAUAGAGAAAAGUCAAGAAUUACACUUUCCAUUAAACAAUUGGAGGAAGAUCCGCUUCUAGAAACAUUGGACAAAGUAAUACCACAGGAUGGCUCUGUAGAUCCUGAUUCUUUGAGCACUAGCACUAGCACUAGCAAUGAUAUAGAACCUCUUCCAGGCCUUGCAUCCAUACUUGAAGAGCUAGUACAGGAAGAUGGUAUAGAUGAUGUACGAAUCAGUCGCCAGGGGUUUGAGAAAAGGGUGGUUUCACAGGACCUGCAGCUUUGGCUUUCGAAUUCACCGGCCAUUAAUCGGAAAUUUACUCUCCUUGCUCGUGCGGGAAGGCAGGUUCAGGAAAUACAACUGACUACAACACUUGAUCAGGAAGGUAUCAAAAAAGCCCUGCAGCAUGUACUGGAGCGUGUGCCGUAGAUGAAUCUGUUCCAUUCCACAGUUAUAUUCAGGUUGUGAUUUUUUUCUGUAUAGAAAUUAGAAAAAAAAUAUAUAUAUUUUUUCAAAUUCCGCUCUCAGCUGUAUAAAAGAAUUACGAGCAAAGGUUGGUCGAUAUCAUACAUGUUUAACAUUAAUUUCCUUUUGUUAGAAAUUAAUUGGGACUUGGCGUAA